UAUUUGACCUUCAUUCCCAAAACCUGUCGUCAGUCAGUCAGUGUCCAUACGAAAGCUGGGGAAGCCGUGAAAUAUUUUGUGCUGUAGAAACUUGGCCAGUUUCUUUAUAAAAAUAUACGUAGAAAUUUUCAUUAUUAAGCCCAGUAAUUCAUAAGAAUUACAAUUUGUUCAAAAUGACGUCGAAAUGCAGCAAAAAGGAACAUUUCUCGACCAAAGAUAUUCCCUCCUUGACCGGAAGAAUUGCCCUGGUCACUGGCGCCACGGGUGGAAUAGGAUACCAAACGGCGCUUGACCUUGCCGCCGCCGGAGCCACGGUGUUGGUUGGGGGACGGAGCGAGGCCAAGGGGAAAGAUGCUGUGGACAAGAUCAAGGCCGCCGUGCCAAACGCGGACGUCUCCUUUGCCAUGAUUGACCUGGGAAGUCUCGCCAGCGUCAAGAAAUUCGCGACCGAGUAUAACGCCAAGGGUCAAGCUUUAGACAUUCUCAUCAACAACGCCGGCAUCAUGGCGCCACCAGAACGUCUCACGACCUCUGACAACUUCGAGAUCCAACUCGGCACCAAUCACCUCGCCCACUUCGCCCUCACGGGCCAACUCCUCCCCUCCCUACGACGGUCCACGUGCUCCCCACGUGUCGUCAACGUGUCCUCCAUCGCCGCGAAGGAGGGCGCCAUGGACUUCGACGACCUCAACUGGAACAAGUCAUACAGCGCGUGGAAUGGCUACCGCGCCUCAAAACUGGCCAAUCUCCUUUUCACCGCGGAGUUCGUGAAGCGCGCGGACCUCGGAAACUGGGGGGUCACCUGCAUCUCCGCGCAUCCCGGGGUGGCAAAAACGGACCUGAUUUCAAACGGCCCGCGGGACGAUACCCUGGUCGGAAAGGUGAUAAAUGUCGCGAACUAUGUAAUGUCGCAUCCCGUCGAGAAGGCCGCGCUCCCGUCAAUUUACGCCGCAGUUUCGCCAGACGCGGAAAAGGGCGGGUAUUACGGGCCGAACGGGUGGUUCGAGAUGAAGGGCGAGGUUGCAAAGGCCUUCGUACCGGAGAAGGCGAAGGACCCCGCCUCGGCGAAAAGAUUGUGGGAGGAGAGCGAAAAGUUGACGGGGGUUAGUUGGCCGGCCAAUUAAAUUUUAUGGGAAACCAAGCAAGCAAUUUAUUCUUUUUUGUUCAUUGAUAAGAUAAGAUAAGAUGGGUGGGGGUGAUGGUGGGUGUUGAUUAGUUGUAAAUCGUUAAGGUGUUAGUGUGUGAACACGUGGUUUAAAAAAAUAAUUUUAACCUGUCCAAUUUUAAGGGCAAUGUAUGUUUUUUGGUCAAAAUAAAAUCUCAACAAAAAAAAUCGA